AUGUCUAAUGUAGCUAAAUUGACACACUCUGGUGGUGAGAUAAUGAAUUAUGUGACUGUGGAUGCUUAUAGAGUUGGAGAACUUCCAUUUUGGUUUCACCAAACAUGGACAAUAAGCAUUCAACUAUGCAUAGUGUUAGCAAUAAUUUUCCAUACAAUUGGGCUAGCAACAGUGGCCUCAUUGGUGGUGAUAGUUCUUAUGUUGUUUUGCAAUACUCCACUAGCAAAAUUACAGCACAAGUUGCAGACUAAACUCAUGGUUGCUCAAGAUGAGAGACUGAAGGCAAGUUCUGAGGCUCUCGUGAAUAUGAAAGUGCUAAAACUAUAUGCAUGGGAAACUCAUUUUAAAAUUGUUAUAGAGAAGUUACGUAAUGUAGAACUCAAAUUGUUAUCGUCAGUGCAAUUAAGAAAGGCAUACGAUAUAUUUCUGUUUUGGACUGCACCUAUUUUGCUCACUGCUGCUUCUUUUUGGGCAUGUUACUUCCUGAAAAUUCCAUUGCAUGCAAAUAAUGUUUUCACAUUUUUGGCUACUUUACGCCUUGUGCAAGAGCCAAUAACAGCCAUUCCUGAUAUUGUUGGGGCAGUCAUUCAAGCAAAUGUUGCUUUUACCCGGAUUGUUAAAUUCCUCCAAGCUCCUGAACUUCAAAGUGAAAAUUUAUGGAAAAGGGAUUUUGACGAUAACAUUAGAGACUCAAUUUUAAUCAAAUCGGCUGACUUUUCAUGGGAAGGUAAUGAAUCAAGCCUAACCUUGAGGAACAUAACCUUGGAGGUUAAACCCGGGCAGAAAGUGGCAAUAUGCGGAGAAGUCGGCUCAGGAAAAUCAACCCUUUUAGCAACACUUCUCGGAGAAGUUCCCAAGACAAAUGGAACAGUUGAAAUUUAUGGAAAGAUUGCGUAUGUUUCACAAACAGCAUGGAUAGAGUCGGGUACAAUACAAGAAAAUAUUUUGUUUGGAUCUGAUUUGGACAUGCAUAGAUAUCAGGAAACACUUCAGAGAUCUUCACUAGUUAAGGACAUUGAGUUGUUUCCCCAUGGUGACAUCACCGAAAUAGGUGAAAGAGGGAUUAACUUGAGUGGAGGUCAAAAGCAGAGAAUUCAACUUGCGCGUGCUCUUUAUCAGAAUGCUGAUGUAUAUCUGUUGGAUGAUCCAUUCAGUGCUGUUGAUGCAAAUACGGCUACAAGUUUGUUUAAUGAAUACAUCAUGGAAGGACUGAAGGGAAAGACUGUGUUACUCGUGACACAUCAAGUUGACUUUCUCCCCGCAUUUGAUUCUGUUUUGUUGAUGUCAAAUGGGAAAAUCCUAAAAGAUGCUCCUUAUCACCAACUUUUGAGGUCAAGCCAUGAAUUCCAGGACCUAGUCAAUGCUCACAAGGAGACUUCUAAUUCUAAUCAGUUUGUGAAUGUUACUUCUUCCCAGAGGCAGUUAACAACUGCUAGAGAAAUUACUCAAACUUUUAUGGAGAAACAGGUGAAAGAAACAAUCGAAAAUCAAUUAAUUAAGCAAGAAGAGAGAGAGAAAGGUGACACAGGAUUGAAGCCUUACCUACAGUAUCUGAAUGGGAUGAAAGGCUAUAUAUACUAUUUUGUGGUUUCCCUCUGUUUCACUGCCUUUGUUAUUUGCCAGAUACUGCAAAACUCAUGGAUGGCUGCUAAUGUAGACAACCCCCAUGUUAGCACAUUACAAUUGAUUGUUGUUUACUGCUUGAUUGCAGCAAUUUCACCUAUUUUCUUGUUGAUCAGAUGUCUAGCUACAGUUUCUUUGGGUAUGAAAACAUCAAAAAGAUUAUUUGAACAGUUAAUGGACUCCCUUUUUCGUGCACCCAUGUCAUUUUAUGACUCUACACCGUUGGGAAGGAUACUUAGUAGGGUUUCAUCAGAUAUGAGCAUUUUGGAUCUUGACAUCCCCUUUAUCCUUGGGUUUGCUGUGGGAGGACCUAUAUAUUUGUGUUCAUAUAUUGUUGUCUUAGCAGUUAUCACUUGGCAAGUGUUGGUUGUCUCUAUUCCAAUGGUGUACAUUGCAAUUCGCUUACAGAGAUACUUUUUGGCCUCUGCUAAAGAAGUGAUGAGGAUGAAUGGCACAACAAAAUCCUCUCUAGCAAAUCAUGUUGCUGAAACUGUUGCUGGAGCUGUGACAAUAAGGGCAUUUGAGGACGAAGAUCGUUUCUUUGAGAAGAAUCUUGAUCUAAUUGAUGCCAAUGCCAGUGCUUUCUUCCAUAUUUUUGCUUCAAAUGAGUGGUUAGUCCUACAACUAGAAAUUGUCUCUGCAGUUGUGCUUUCCUUUGCAGCACUUUGCAUGGUUAUGCUUCCACCUGGGACUUUUUCCCCCGGAUUUAUUGGCAUGGCCCUCUCUUAUGGUUUAUUACUAAACGCUGCCUUAGUAUUUUCAAUUCAAAGUCAGUGCAAUAUAGCCAAUUAUAUAAUAUCUGUUGAAAGGAUAAACCAGUAUAUGCAUAUACAAAGUGAAGCUAAAGAAGUAAUAGAAGGAAAUCGCCCUCCUUUGAAUUGGCCAGAUGCAGGCAUAAUGGAAAUACAUGAUCUAAAGGUAAGAUAUAGGCUUGAUGGGCCACUUAUACUUAAUGGCAUCACUUGCACUUUUGAAGGAGGGCACAAGAUUGGUAUUGUUGGCAGGACAGGUAGUGGAAAGUCAACACUGAUCAGUGCUAUAUUUCGUCUUGUCGAGCCAUCAGGUGGAAAAAUUGUAGUUGAUGACAUAGACAUCUCUUCUAUUGGCCUUGAUGACUUGAGGUCACGUUUGUCUAUUAUACCUCAGGAUCCUACCCUUUUCAAUGGCACUGUUAGAUACAAUUUGGACCCUUUAUCUCAACAUUCUGAUCAAGACAUAUGGGAGGUUCUUGCCAAGUGUCAAUUGAGAGAAGUGGUUCAAGAGAAGCAAGAGGGCUUAAAUUCCUCAGUUGUUGGAGAGGGAUCAAAUUGGAGCAUGGGACAAAGGCAACUAUUCUGUUUGGGGCGUGCUCUUUUGAGGAGAAGCAAAAUAUUGGUGUUGGAUGAAGCAACUGCAUCAAUUGAUAAUGCAACUGAUAUGAUUCUGCAGAAAACCAUUAGAACCGAGUUUGCAGAUUGUACGGUGAUCACAGUAGCUCACAGAAUACCAACUGUGAUGGAUUGUACAAUGGUUCUUUCAAUUAGUGAAGGAAAUUUGGUGGAAUAUGAUGAACCUAUGAGCUUGAUGAAGAAAGAAGGAUCACUAUUCAAGCAACUUGUUAAUGAAUACUUCUCUCAUUUUCAUUCUGCAGGUCACGUUGAUUCUAGCAAGUUAUAUUUUUAA